UCACAGCACCGCGUUCGUUUAGUUUUUUGAAAAAGAAAAAAAGAAGUCUUCUCAUAUAAAAGCGAACGCUGCCACUUUACAUGUCCUGUAACACGAGGAGAAUCUAAGAUUAUGAUAGAACUGACCUAGACUAUCCUAUGGUUAACAGAUUAAGAUGAAAACCGUUGGUUUUGGCAAGAACAAGAAGUCAAGCAAACAGUAGUAGUAGUAGUAGGCGGCGGCUGUGCUGUGCUGUGCUUCAAGACAAAGCUACGACGGAACAUUUACGUACGGGAGGAUAUCCCAGCUCCUGCGGAAGAAGUGACUUGCAGACGCAGCCAGGACGCGAGUGGUAAUAAGAUGAGGUGAACACCUGCUUGGAAGGGUCCAUAUCGCAGCUGGAAGCGCCCUCAGGCCCUGCUGCUUUGAGUGGACAUUUGGGUGGACGUUACCCAGCCUGACUACUCAAGUCUAAACGGGGAACUCUUCCAGCCAUGGCUCUUCCUGUUGCCCUGAGUCCUGGGGCCCCAUAUGGCAGUGGGACUAUGAGAGGACAAGUGGUUAGACAAGUGAGGUGAGGAAGGAAGAGUGGGGAAACUUAAAAGAAAGAGGGAGAAAGAGAAUGGAGAGGAAAAGGCAGAGCAUCACUGCUGGGGAGCUGGAAUGGACCCCGGCCCCAGAGCCUGCCUCUCCUGCCAGCCCUGGGGGGUCGGAGGCUGAGCUGAGCUGGGAGGGAGGUGGAGGAGAGGAGGUGGAUGAGUUCCAGAGCCAGAUGGAUGAGCGGGGGAUCAUCGGCCUGGAGGAGACCCAGGGCGAAGAGCUGAUGUUGGUGUUGGGAGAGGAGAUGGAUCCAGACGAGGAUGACUUUGGCUCGUCCCCCUACUUUGAGAGGGGGUCCCAGGGAGAAGGGCACGAGUGGGGUCUGGGUGGGGAAGAGGAGCAGGGUUUCGGAGAGGAAGAGGAGUGGGAUGAGGAGCAGGAGCAGAGCGGCAUUUGGGACACGGGGACACCCGAACCACACAAGGGUCCCCCCAUGACUCUGCAGGAUCUGAGCUUUAACCUGAGCGAACUCCUGGACUCUGACCCUGCUGGAGAGGACACAAACACUCCAUCUCAGCUUGAGGAUCAUUCUCUAGAGGGGCAGGACAGUUUGACUUUGCAGGAAGGCUGGACUGAGGAUGAGAGACAGCAUAGAGUGGGAGGUGACGGUGACGUGAAUAGGGUGACUCAGAACCGGAACAGGAACUGGACUCCCUCACAUGGACACAGUCAGAUGGAUACGACUGAGGAUGAAGUAGCUGAUUCUGAGUGGGAGGAGUUCCAGAAUGUCCCAGCCCCUCAAGUCAGAGCAAGGAAUUCUGGGUCGAGACAAGCCCACUGUGACUCAGAAUAUAGGACUGGAUCUAACGGACCAGAAAGUUCUGACGGAGAGAGCAUGAAGGUAGACCAGCUAGGCAAGCAAACUGGUUAUCACUUGACCCCAACACCCUCCCCCAGGAGAAGUCCACUUGAUUUUCAGGAAAUUCCUCAGCCUUCCCAUUCAGUCUGCAAGUCUGAACUCAGGCUUGGACACAGGAACAACUUAGGGCUAGAACCAGGUCUUAGUUCAUCAAUUUUACCAAGAAAUCUUCCAACAAACUCCUAUGAGGAAACCGACCGUUCUAUUCAGGGAAGCCCAGAGUCUUCAGAUGCGACAUUUUCUAAGGCUGAACUCAGGGACUCACCAUCCAGAUCAUCUCCUAUUAGGCCAACUCAUCAUAAGAGCCGAAAGAACAGGUUUCCAAAGGCAGACCUUCAUGCUGGAGGGGAGACGGAGGAGCAUUACCCACAAGCCUUUGAGGACUUGAAAGAUCCACAGAAGGUUGUACAUAACAUAUCUAGUUUCACAAGGCACUCUACUUCCCACACCCCACCUCCUUCACCUCACCCUGUUCCUCAUACAGUUCCACUGAUCUCUCCUCCUUCCCACCUCCUGCACCUGUCCAUGGAAGAUCCUUUAGACUUCCCUGGGAUUCAGGAGGAGAAGUUUCCAGAAGCUUCCUGCACAGAGAGCCUCCCAGACUCUAGUGUUUGUCCUCCUCGACCAACUCCUUCUCGAAGAAACCAGCAUGAUUCUCAGGAAAGCCCACAAUCCUCAGCUCCUGCACCUUCUAGGGCUGGACACAGGAAGUCACCUCCCCGCUCCUCUCCAGACAGGACUCAUCAUAAUCAUCUUAGGAGCCCAAAGACCAGCAAGAUUGAGAGGAGGAGGCCUGGUGCUGCUUUCAGCACAAGCCCUGCUGCUAGCCACACAGACAUCAGGCGAGGGAAGCUCACCCACCCCUCCCCCGACUUCUCCAAAGUCCAGCCUCGGGUCCACUUUCCCAAGACGGGCUACAAACCCCCCAAGAGUAAGCAUGCUGUCCAGCAGGAUGGCGAGCCCCCGGAGCCCCUGAUGGUUUUCAAGUCUCCGGCGGAGAUUGUCCGCGAGGUGCUCCUGAGCAGCAGCGAGGACCCCCAGGAGUCUCCAUGCCCUGGCGACGGUGGGCCCCAUGGGCCCCUGAACCGUACGGUGCCCGAGGGCUUCCGGGACCCUCAGCAGGCCACCGCUCUGAUGCAGCAGCUGCAGGAGGAUUACAAAAGACUGCUGACAAAAUAUGCUGCGGCAGAAAACACUAUUGACCGACUGCGCUUGGAGGCCAAGGUUGGCCUGUACUCGGACCCACCCAAGCCAAGCCACUCCGUCCAAUCAGGGUCCGUGAAGGAGGGGUCAAAGGUCAUGACCCUUAGUUUUCCUCAGGCUCAGAGGGCUGAGUUGGAUGCACCUCAGCAGACUCUCCAAAGGUCAAACUCAGAUCAUGCAGCCGUGUCCCCUGCCCGGCCCUCCUCCGUGGACUCGGUCUCCAGACAGAGGGGUCUGCGUGCCAUCGAGCAGCUCACCACAGCCCUGCUCUCUCAGGUCCAGAGGUUCCACCUGCAGCUUGACACAUUUGAGGAGCUCCUGAGAAGAGGUCAACUGAAAGCCCAUGAGCAGAUGAAGGGCCUGCAUGAGCUGGCUCAGGGCCAGGAGGCUCUGGAGAGGGCCUACCUUGCCGCACGGGAGGAGCACAAGUUCCUACAGCAGACAGGAAGCAGGCUCACACCUUUUGACCCAAACAGGGACCUUGAAGGACAGAUCUUCCAGUCAGGGAUGCGAUUGGACGAGCUGAAGGAAUGGGUGGAGCAAACCCAGCAGUCCUCGCCCAUGUCCGAGCCUCAGCCCUCUCCACAUCCGAUCUCCCUGAGCCCGAGGCAGAGUGACACGCUGCCACGCCCACAGGGUCCAGUGUGUCCUGUGGGUGUGGGAGAUCAGAUGACCAUCAGGGUGGAGGUGAGCUCAGUGAGCGGAGUCGACAUGGAGGAAGAGGAAGACGAAGACGAAGAGGAUUCCCUGCCUUCUCUCCUCCUCCGCCCCCUCCAACAGAAGCACCAGUGUGUGGAGCGGGACUUCAGCAAUCUGCUGGGCCAGUAUCAGAGUGUGAAGGAGCUGCCGCAGGUUCUUGACGUGGCAUCCAGACCCAACUGGCACAGCACCCCCGACCCAGAUGCCACUCCUCUCCCAGGGGAUGAUGGGAUAGAGGCGAGACCACACUGGCCUAGUGACGGCGAACAAGGCCAGAGCCGUCCACCUCAACUGGGGUCCCUCCCAACGCUGGAGCCUUCCACGGGGCCCGGUGCAGAGUCCCUGCGCGGCAGCCUGGCGGAGCUCCAUCUGGGGGGAGCCCCCCUGGAGCGCUGCUCCUCUUACCCCGGUGCUCAGGACGUCUCCAGCCCCAGCCGGGCUUCAGGGAGCAGGAGGUCGGGCAGCAGCAGCCUCUACAGCCUGGGCGACGGGAUGGCUACUGCCACCACAACACUCAACAAGAGAACCUACAAGGCCCAGGCCAGAAAUGCUAGAGCGCCCUCUCAGGAUGGUCUUCUGUCCCCGGAGACUGACAGUGGCUUUGUGGGCUCCGAGAGCCGCCUGACUCCUGCACUUCACAGUCCUAUCCAGCAGGGGGAGAAGGCGAGGACAACGCUGCUGGAGGAAACCGAGGAAACUAAGAGUCCCGUGACAGUCACUGACUCAGGGCGACCUCCUUCCCGUGACCCCCAGCAGAGGGCCUCCCUCUCUGGCGGGCUCGACUGGGUCAGCUGGAGGAGCCCCCACACCUCCGCAGAGGAGGGAGGAGGAGGAGGAGGAGGAGAGAGGAGGCCCCCUCCCAGCCUGUCUUCCAGCAGCUCCCCCCAGCGCUGGGCAAGGGAGCCACUACAGGCCUGGACCAGCAGUGGGGCCAGUGAGACCCACUCCCUGUCAGGACAGGAGGAGAAGGAACAGAACAGCCAGUACUACAGACGAGCGACCAAUCAGCUGCCAGUAUACCAUCGAAACUCCUCCCUGUCUGCGCCUUAUCGCCAUGGCGACCACCUCAAAGCCCAAAGUUCUGUCCAGCUGACCAAUCAGUGUGAGGCCCUCCAGUCCCUGCAAGUGGAGGUGAACAGACUGAAGGAGUGUUUGGAGGGGACUCUGUGUGUGCCCCUCUCCACCAGCACUGAGCCAGCCUCUCCACACAGCCCACCCGCACACAGCACGCCUUACAGAUACACCCCUCACAGGUACACCCCUCACAGGCCAUCUAAGCGGAACAGCAGGAGAGCGGAGGAUGGAGAGAGCAACAGAGUGACCGAGGAGGAGGAGGAGGAAGAGGUGGUGGUGGAGAGGAGGACCCAGAGGUCCAGAUCAAUGUCUAUGCCCCGCCCUCGGCCAGAGACCUUAGAUGAUUCUGGGCAUGCCCAGUCUGAGCCCAAACAAGAGAUGAGAUAUACAGCAGUUUUCAUAGCAGCUCGGAGAGAGAGUCUGACAGUGAUUUCAGCAGCACAGGAGAGCAGUGGAGGCCAUACCUGCCAGCGCCUUGGGCCAUCUGUUGUGCCUGAAGACGUUGUUGAUGCCAACCAGAGGGGGAAUCUGGGCACUGCGUACCACGGCUCAAAGCACUGUGCCAAUCCGGGCACAGCUCAGCCAGCGGCAGGUCCAGAGAGGAGUGGCAGUGGGAAGCGUCUCAGUCGCUCGGCCUCCCAUUGCUGUCCACUGCGUAGAUCCUCAGAGUCCAGACGAAGCACUGCUGUUCAGACAGACCGUCAGGUGGACCGUGAUCCCGGCCCGUCCUCCAGACAGCCUCGCCCAGAGAGCUCACCACGCAGGCACGCAGGGCGUGUGUUCCUGGCACCUCCACCCGGCGCUGUGCUGGGUAGCGUGCCCAUGGUUCAGUGUGUGCCAGUUUACCCAUCUGUGCUCUACUACCCCGGCCCCAAGCUGAAGGCAGCCAUACCCAUGCCGUACAUUUCCGUGGGAACGGAGCGACCCAGCCAAGCCAAAGCCUACCGGAUCCGAGAGGGAGAGCGCGGGCGGUCUCUCAGCAGCUCACUCGACCGAGCCAUCAUCGCUGCUGCAGACAUGAAGAGCUCCUCCAAGCGUAUGGUGCGCACCAUCAGUACUGGCCUCCAACACCAGAGGGCGCUCUCCCAGUCCUGUCUCUACUGAUGCAGGCUCAGGUCAGAGGGAAUGGGCAUGUGAAACCUAAAGGCCGAGUUUCAUCGGUCUGACACUGAGGAUGUCAUUGUUGUCGACAAGAACUUCAUGCAGCAAUGUAAAUAUUACUAAACAUUUGCCAAUGGCAGCAAAUUGUAGCAUAUGAUUUUUUGUUGUUGUUUUGUUUGUUUUUGUUUCCUCUGUUUACUGUAGCUAUAAGCAUGUCAGUGGGCAAUCUACUGACAGUCAUUAUUGUCUUAUAUAGGGUACUCAUUUGAGGUAGAUCAUUAACACUGCACUAUACUACAUUUUUAUUUACCAUCAUAUGAAAUAGAAGUUAUGCUGCUUUCUGUUCAGUUAUGGCCCUUGGUUUGGGUCCAUGUCUUCCCCAAAACUAUGCUCUUACAAUUGUACAAAAAGUGUGCUUAUAUGAGUAGUUUUGGAAGUACUAUCUCCUUGCUGAAUAUGUUAAUUAUUAUAAGUCAAGCACUCUGUGAUUACAGUGAAGCAAAGAUAGGCUGUCCUUUUUUAGAAUCUGUGAAUUAGGGAGGGAGUACCUGUCCCUUGAGCAGUGGUAUAGCAGCCAGGCUCAGAGCUAGUUAUAGGGCAGUGAUGCUCCUAAAUGGUCAUUUCCAUUUGUUGAAGAUUCAAGAUGUAGAUUUCAGGGUAAAAGGCAACAGUCAUGUAACAUUUUUCUCAGGUAUACAAAGCAUGGCAGCUAUACAAAGCUUUUAAAUUGAUACUUGUAGUUAUGUUGUAGAUAUGCCAAGACUUCUUUUUUCACACAAAAAAUAAACUCUUGGGUAACAAUUUACUGAAUCCUUAAAGCAUCAUAAACACAUUCAUAAAGUAUUCAGCCAUUAGAGCUUCUUUUACCUCUUGAUGAUGGCAAUGAUGACAUUACAGAGGUGAAAGAAGCUUUAUAUUGUGAUAUAUCGAGCUGUGAGUGCUUACACAAUUUAUCAGUGCAGUCAUGACUAUGAAUAAUUAGUUUUAUAAACAUUUGUCAAUUAUUGUUUUAUGGUUGCUUAUAUGAAUGAAUAGCCCUUUAUGGAAGUGUUUACAUGCUGUAAGGAUACUGGAUGCAUAGAAAAUGUUUCCAACAGUUGCGUAACCAGUGUGAGACAUACAUUCUUCCCUCAUAUGUCUGGAACUCAAAUGAGUUUAUUUAUACAUGCAAUGACUGUACAGUAUAUACUGUAAGUUGAAUUCCUGUCUGUGACAGAUUAAGUUACAUCAAGAGUAGGUAAUUGGGUAGUAGUAAAAAGAAAAUGCUGAUCAGAGGGUAUAACAACUUUAUUUGAAACAUAUGUGUUUCUGCUGCUCUGAUGAAUUAUCCAACUUUGAACUUUAUGAUUUGAAAUAAUUAAAUAUUGUAAAUCUAUUUUUCUACUUGAUAAAUUCUAGAUUACACAUUAUUACUUAUGAAAAAAAAGUCUUAAAAAGGAAUGUUUUGGAUUCCUGACAAUUUUGUUCUUAUAAACAAUGUUCUUAGUCAUCUGCAUGUGGGCUCCACAGUCAUCUAAUGACAAAUGAAUGAUCAUUCGGCAAGAUAAUUGGUUGUGUUUACAUACCAGAGCCCAUGUCACAUUCAGGUGUAGAUCUCAAUGUUUAAAAUUCACCUGUGUAUCAUGACUGAGUGGUAGUUAUAAUGUAUAUGAAGCUUAUUUGAAAUGAAUACGUAUAUGUUUUGUACUUCCUAAUUUCUUCCUGUAUAUUCCGAAUGUUACUCAGUUCAAAAUCAAAAGUACUGUAAGCUCUAGUCUACAUGAUCUCAGCUGUGUUGUGGAUCAUUUUGUUUAAAUGGGUUCUUUUGUAAUUGUAGCCAUUUUUAUGGUAAAUGAAAUAAUUGUUUGUUUGUUUUCAUGUCAUUUAUACUCUGUUUUAUGUGCCGUCCUGAAGAAAAAGUUGAAUGAUCUCUUGAAGAUGAAUUGCUGUGUUUAAAAAUGGAUAGAAUGUAUGAUUAAAGUUUGAAGUGUUACGUAAAAAAUAAAAACUUUAAAUCUC